AUGCACUCCCGUGCCAGUUUAUUCUGCCCGGUCGACAACACCGCACGCCUCUUCAACCACCACCAAACCAGCAAGGCCACGACUAUCAUUAGUAUAAUUCCCACAACGGUCGGCCUGGUUAUUAUAGCAACCAAAUUCUCUCUCCAGCCCGAAUUCGGCAUAACUAUCCUAACUAACUCCGACUUCAACCAGCGAUACCUCAAGCACCGACACACACCACCACCAGCGCCGUGCAUGCAUGGGGGCCGUCCACACAGUUCACCAGCACCAAUGAUAAAUGUACAGUUAGUCUCAGACCGUCACUCUAUCACCACAGCCACUGUACUUGUUUCACUUAAUCUUUGGGCUCGGGCUGAACCGCCCCACAUUGAUCGCAGUUUUAGUGGUAAUUCCUCAUUAACACUAGGUGCUUUUUCAGCCCGCAAUUUACUCUGCAAUUGUGCUAACGGAAUUUCAUCUUCUUCCCAUUCACUCAGUUCUUCUUCUUCCCUAAGUUUAGUUUCAAUCCCUGCUUCCCCAGAAUGUCCCGCUGGGGUCCGAUAUACCUUCCUCGGCCUUCGAAGGGCUUCGUUUUUCAGUCCAGUAUCGACAAGGGCCUUCACUUUCUUGUCUCCCAGCAACACAUUACAGGUGAAGUCUGGCCAUUCCUUCAGCAAACGGUAUACCUGUUCCUUUCUCCUUCCCGUAUUUUUUCUCCCUUCCUCCCGCUUUCACGACAACCGAGACGUUUGUUCCGUACGGUGUGAUCCAUCUGUCUCCUGUGAGGACAAGUUCGUCACAGGUAACCCGCAUCUCCAACACCUUCGCUCCUUACAACUGGCCGAAAAGUGCCCGACCACACCACAUAUCCAGCAUCUCAGAGUUCUUACUUGUACUGAGGCCACCCCGCCUCUUACUUUUUCACGGGUGACCCAUCGGCGUUUUCCGGAACCUUUUCCUUCUCGGUAG